GCCACAGACACCAGACUCAGAGGCAUGGCCCUCGACAGAGUCCCACGGAGGGUGGGGGUGGUAGGUUACGGCCGCCUCGGUGAGUCCCUGGCCUCCUUCCCCAAACCCCUCUGCCCUCCACAAACACAACUUUCAUCUAUCUUUAUCUGUGCCCCUGGUUGUGUCUCUGGAUCUGCCCACCAGACUAUCUUCUACCCCCAACCCCAGGUCUCUGUCCCUCUCUCUCUGGUCUGUGUCCCCUUCUCUCUCUGGGUCUAUGUGCCCCCCACCCUGGUCUGUGCCUUCUCAUCUCUGGGUAUCUGGUCCUCUCCUUUCCCUCCCCCCAGGACAGUCCCUCGUCUCCCAUCUGCUAGCUCAGGGGCCAGAACUAGGCCUAGAACUUGUUUUUGUCUGGAAUCGUGACCCAGGACGAAUGGCAGGGAGUGUGCCCCUUUCUCUGCAGCUCCAGAACCUUGCUGACCUUGGGGAAAGGCACCCUGAUCUUGUGGUGGAAGUGGCCCAUCCCCAAAUAAUACAUGAAUGUGGGGCACAAAUCCUGCAUCAUGCCAAUCUCCUGGUGGGGUCUCCCUCAGCCUUAGCUGACCAGAUCACAGAGCGGCAGCUCCUAGAGGCUUCGCACCACUGGGGCCACGCUGUGUUUGUGGCCCGAGGGGCCCUGUGGGGCACUGAGGACAUCACCAGGUUGGAUGCAGCCGGAGGCCUGCAGAGCCUUCGUGUCACCAUGGCCACACACCCGGAUGGCUUUCGGCUGGAGGGACCCCUGGCUGCAGCCCGCAGCAUUGGGCCUCGCACUGUGCUCUAUGAAGGCCCUGUCCGUGGGCUGUGCCCCUUUGCUCCCCGAAACUCUAACACAAUGGCAGCCGCUGCCCUAGCUGCUCCCAACCUAGGCUUCGAUCGUGUCAUUGGGGUGCUUGUGGCUGAUCUCAGCCUCACAGACAUGCACGUGGUGGAUGUGGAGCUGAGAGGACCCCCAGGCCCCACAGGCCGAAGCUUUGCUGUGCACACCCACAGAGAGAACCCUGCUGAACCAGGCGCUGUCACAGGCUCCGCCACUGUCACAGCCUUCUGGCGCAGCCUCCUGAGCUGCUGCCAGCUACCCUCCAGGCCGGGGAUCCAUCUCUGCUGAGAAGCCUCCUUCCUGAGACGACAUCCUCACAUGAUUUACCUUCCUACCACCACCGCCACCCCACUCCUGUCCUGGCCUCACUGUCCCAGGACCUCCCUUCUAUUUCAGUAAAGAUCACAGAUUCUUCGCCCUGCA